AUGGACCGUGCUAUAUCAUCAUACACGCCUAGUAUCAAAGCACUCGCCUAUUCACGGUCCCAACUAUCGAAGAAAACCGCCCGGAACAAUAAUAUUUCGGUAGCCAUUAUAGCUAUGCCCACCACACCAGGCGAAAUACCGCUUCCUGGUAUCGUGCCUGAGAUUAAGGCGAUUGAAAACGCGGCCGGUUUAGUCUUCACCACCAAGGUGUAG